CUGUUUAAGCGUCUCUUUGCUGAUGACAGGCAAUAUCCUAGGCCUAUGUGCCAUUGUCAUCCAGGAUUCAAACCGAUCUUAUCAAUUGAAGUUUGGAAAGUAUAGGUAGGCUAUCUUUCCCUUUUUGGGGGAUAUUGAUUGCAUAUGUGGGAAUUGUGGGAAACAAUGCCAAAUAAGGUAGGCCUACUAGUUUACCUGAUGAACCCACUGUGAACGUGUGCUCCAGUGUCGACAAAGGAAUGGUAAACGCUUCCUUCUGAGGCGUGACCAACUGUAUGAACUCGGGUAGUGGGCGGUCCGCCAUGUAAUGACAACCUCCGAAUGACUUUUCUGUCGUCCACGGCGAGGGAAAAGAAGCAGACUCCAACGUCACACGCGUCGAAGGCAAGGAGGAGUGUCGGGGUAGGGGCACAGUUACCCAACGCUACUAAGUGGUCGUCCGUUUUCCAGGGCAGUCUACUUUAUAUGAGCUUGUAUGUGUCGGCGUCGAUGUAUGCGUGUGUAUGUGUGUGCGGUUGAGAGUGUGUUUCCUCUUUUUGCGGAAGAAGAAAACAGGAUAAAACAUUCGGAGAUAGCCUAGACAUUGCUUACGACAAAAGGAGGUGAUCCAGUGAGGUGCCAGAGUCUAAUGGAGCAUUUAUGUGGAUCGAGUCGUCCGCUCUGGGAGCCGAAUGAGACCCUGUACACAGACCAACCCGACCUCUCAGAAUGUUUUCAGAUGUCCGUGCUGUCAUGGAUACCCUGUGUCUACUUGUGGUUGGCCUUCCCGUUCUACGUCCUCUACCUCAAGAGGAACAACAAGGGCUACAUCAUGAUGUCCAUCUUAAACAGAGUCAAAACGAUAUUUGGCUUCAUACUGUGGAUAGUUUGCUGGACGGACCUCUUCCACACGUUUCACGAAAUGCAGCAGGGAAUUGGACCCAAACCCCCCAUAUUCUUUGUCACGCCACUGGUGGUUGGCAUGACGAUGCUCCUGGUAACCUUCCUGAUCCAGUUUGAGCGCCUCAAGGGAGUCCAGUCCUCGGGGGUCCUUUUCAUCUUCUGGGCGUUGUCAGUGCUGUGUGCUAUUGUGCCUUUCCGCUCCAAGAUCCUCCAGGCGUCUCACAAGGAGGAGAUUGCAGACAAGCUGCGGUUCACCACAUUCUACAUUUACUUUGGACUCAUCCUGGCUGAACUGAUUCUCUCCUGCUUCAGCGAGAAGCCGCCCCACUUCUCCGAUGUGGUCACAGACCCCAAUCCUUGUCCUGAGUAUAGUGCUGGCUUCCUCUCCACCAUGACGUUUUGGUGGUUCACAAGAAUGGCUAUCCAGGGUUACAAAUCUCCCCUGGAAAGCAAAGACCUGUGGUCUCUCAACAAGCUAGACAGGUCAGAGGGCAUAGUGUCCAAGCUGCUGAACGAAUGGGAGGUGGAAAAGGCCCGAAUACAAAGCCAGCAAGACAAGCAGACCCAGGCCCUGUACUCCAAAGUGCCCUCGGACGGCACCAACAACCACGUGGCCUCCGGCAACGGAAACCCAGAGGAGGUGGAGGUCCUGCUGUCCAAACAGAAGGCGUCCCGCCAGCCCUCCUUCCUGCGCUCGCUGCUGCGCGCUUUCGGACCCUACUUCCUCAUUGGCUCGGCCUACAAGCUUCUACAGGAUCUCAUCACCUUCGUCAACCCACAGCUCCUUAGCUCGCUUAUCUCCUUCAUCAAGAAAAAGGACGCGCCAUCAUGGUGGGGCUUCGCCCUGGCCUUUCUCAUGUUCGGCUGCGCCAUCUUGCAGACCAUCAUCCUGCACCAGCACUUCCAGUACUGCUUCGUUACCGGGAUGCGGCUCCGGUCCGCCAUCAUCGGAGCCAUCUACAGAAAGUCGCUGGUCAUCACGAAUGCGGCAAAGCGGUCAUCGACAGUGGGUGAGGUGGUGAACCUGAUGUCUGUGGACGCCCAGCGCUUCAUGGACCUCACGACAUUCCUCAACAUGCUGUGGUCCGCUCCGCUGCAGAUAGUGCUGGCACUCUUCUUCCUCUGGCAGAAUUUGGGGCCGUCUGUCCUGGCUGGAGUUGCAGUGAUGGUUCUGCUCAUCCCACUCAAUGCAGGCAUUGCCAUGAAAACCAGAGCUUACCAGGUUGAGCAAAUGCAGUACAAAGAUGCCCGCAUCAAGCUGAUGAAUGAGAUUCUGAACGGCAUCAAGGUGUUGAAGCUCUACGCCUGGGAGAAGUCCUUCCAGGAGAAGGUUCUAGAAAUCCGCCAGAAGGAGCUCAAUGUGCUGCGCAAGACCGCCUACCUCAGCGCUCUCUCCAUCAUGGCCUGGACCACCGCACCCUUCAUGGUUGCCCUGACAUCGUUCGCCGUGUAUGUGAUGGUUGAUGAGAACAACGUUUUAGAUGCUCAGAAGGCCUUUGUGUCCCUGUCUCUGUUCAACAUCCUGAGGUUCCCCCUAAACAUGCUCCCCCAGGUCAUCAGCAGCAUUGUGCAGGCCAGCGUGUCUCUGAAGCGAAUCCAGGGUUUUCUUAGUCACGAUGAGCUGGAUCCUGAAGCCGUGGACAGAAAACACACCAGCUCAGAAUUUGCUGUGACCGUCAUCAAUGGCACAUUCUCAUGGGCCAAGCAAGACGCCACCACGCUUCACAACAUUAACGUGAUGGCGCCCCAGGGUUCGCUGCUGGCAGUGGUGGGACAGGUGGGCUGUGGGAAGUCCUCCCUGGUGUCAGCCCUCCUGGGGGAGAUGGAGAAGCUGGAGGGACAGAUCUCAGUGAAGGGCUCAGUGGCUUACGUGCCCCAGCAAGCCUGGAUCCAGAACUGCACGCUGAGAGACAACAUCCUGUUUGGCAAGCCCUACAUGGAGCAGAAGUACCGAUGCGUCCUGGAGGCCUGCGCCCUCGUCACUGACCUGGAAGUGCUUCCCGGCGGCGACUUGACUGAGAUCGGAGAGAAGGGCAUCAACCUCUCUGGGGGCCAGAGGCAGAGGGUGAGCCUGGCGAGGGCGCUCUACAGCGACGCCGACGUCUACCUGCUGGACGACCCGCUGUCGGCCGUGGACGCCCACGUGGCCAAGCACAUCUUCGACCACGUGAUCGGCCCGGACGGGGCCCUCAAAGGAAAGACACGACUUCUGGUGACGCAUGGCAUCACCUUCCUAUCUCAGGUUGACAACAUCUUGGUGAUGAUAGACGGUAGAGUGUCUGAGACAGGCUCCUACCAGGACCUGCUUAGGCAGAACGGAGCUUUCGCCGAGUUCCUCAGGAACUACUCUCUUGAAGACAUUAUAGAAGAUGAUGACGGGACAAUGGAGAUGAUCGAGGAGGAGGAGGAAGCAUUUCCCGACGAUGCGCUCAGCAACCACACAGACAUGGUGGACAACGAGCCAGUGGUAAACGAGACCCGUCGGCAGUUCAUGAGGCAGAUCAGCGUGAUGUCCAUAGACGGGGAGAACCCCAAGACCAAGUCCAUCCGCAAGCGGCGCUGCAGCGAGCUCAAGCACGCGGAGCCCACGCCCGAGAAGAAGGGGCCCAAUAUGGACAAACUCAUCCAGGCGGAGACGUCGGAGACGGGCAGGGUGAAGAUGAAGGUGUACUGGGUGUACGUGAAGGCGGUGGGGCCUCUGCUCUCACUCUUCAUCUGCUUCUUGUACGCCUGCCAGAGCGGGUCGGCCAUCGGCGCCAACAUCUGGCUCACCAAGUGGACCAACGACGCCAAGCUCAACCGGACGGAGACCAACGUGGACAUGAGGGUGGGGGUGUACGCCGCGCUGGGCAUCACACAAGGUUUGCUGAUUCUGGCCAACUGUUUACUGUGCCGGGCCUACAGCAUGUUGAAGGCGUCGCGCGACACCCACCAGCACAUGCUCCAGGGCGUGCUGCGCGCGCCACAGUCCUUUUUCGAGCGCACUCCCACCGGGAGGCUCCUGAACCGCUUCGGCAAAGACGUGGACACAAUAGACACGCUCCUCCCAGACAAUAUUGAUAUCUGGAUGCGGACUUUCUGGUACACAGUAAAUGUGCUGAUCAUAUGCUCUGCCCUCACCCCUCUGAUCCUCAUAAUCAUAGUGCCGUUAACGGUGUUCUAUUGGUGGGUCCAGAGAUUUUACGUUGCCACGUCGCGGCAGCUUAAGCGGCUGGAGUCGGUCAGUAGGUCCCCCAUAUACUCCCACUUUUCCGAGACCAUCACGGGUACGAGCGUGAUCAGGGCGUACGGGCGACACAUCGCCUUCGUGCUCCUGAGCGACAGCAAAGUGGACGAGAACCAAAAGAGUUACUACCCGGGUAUUGUGGCCAACAGGUGGCUGGGCGUACGUGUUGAGUUUAUCGGCAACUGCAUCGUGCUGUUCGCCGCCCUCUUUGCUGUCCUCGGGAAGGACCGGCUCACCGAUAGCUUGGUGGGCCUCUCCGUGUCGUAUGCUCUCCAGGUCACAAUGUCAUUGAACUGGAUGGUGAGGAUGACCUCUGACCUGGAGAGUAAUAUAGUGGCGGUGGAACGAGUGAAGGAAUACUCAGAGACACAGCCAGAGGCUCCCUGGGAGGUGGAGGAUAAGAAGCCCCCCUCGAACUGGCCUCCGCAGGGGAAUGUGGAAUUCCGGGACUACAGUGUGAGGUACCGGGAGGGGCUGGAUCUGGUCCUGAAGAACCUCUCGCUCCAAGUCAAGGGCGGAGAGAAGAUUGGCAUUGUGGGAAGGACUGGUGCUGGCAAGUCCUCCAUGACCCUGUGCCUAUUUCGCCUGCUCGAGGCAGCGUCGGGCGACAUCACCAUCGAUGACGUGAAGAUCUCCGAGAUCGGCCUGCAUGACCUCCGCUCCAAACUCACCAUCAUCCCUCAGGAGCCUGUGCUGUUCUCGGGGACCCUGAGGAUGAACCUUGACCCCUUCGAGAAGUACAGCGAGGACGAGCUCUGGAAAGCGCUGGAGCUGUCCCACCUGAAGAAGUUUGUCAGCAACCAGUCCUCCAAACUUGACCUGGAGUGCUCUGAAGGAGGAGAGAAUCUAAGUGUUGGCCAGAGGCAGCUGGUGUGCCUGGCCCGAGCACUGCUGAGAAAGACCAGGAUCCUCAUCCUCGACGAGGCCACGGCGGCCAUCGACCUGGAGACAGACGACCUCAUCCAGUCCACCAUCCGCACCCAGUUUGAAGACUGUACCGUCUUCACCAUCGCACACAGGCUCAACACCAUCAUGGACUACUGCAGAGUUCUCGUAUUGGACAAGGGACAGAUAGCAGAAUUCGACACACCACAGAACCUUAUUUCCCAGAAAGGAAUCUUCUAUGGCAUGGCGAAAGAUGCUGGACUGGUGUGAUGCCAGGGUGGCCUCUCUCUCCCUCUCUCUCUCUCUCUCUCUCUCUCUCUCUCUCUCUCUCUCAGCAUGACUCCAAACAGUGCCUUCAGUCAAUACCGAGUGCCAGUGAAUGUAAGCGUCUUUUUUUUAUACUGUGCAGUUCAAAUGCAAAACCAGGACCCAUUGUUGUUUUUAUGUUUGUUUUUGAUUUGUUUGUAUGUGUGUACGUGUGGCUUUUCUAAAGAAACCUGCAGUGCCACUGUUAUUUGCGAUGAGCAAGUUCCUGAUAAGCCCAUCUAUUUUUGUACUGUACUAUUUAAGUUACCUUUUGCGAGUUGUUCAAUAGGGAAAACAUUUAGUCUCAGUUACAUGUGUGAUUUUCUUUUUAUAAAAAAAAAUACAAAUCUGUAAAACGAAAAAAGAACAAAAAACUUGAAUUCUUAUCACCAAAAUUGAAGUGAUGUCCUUGCAUUUAUAAAAAAAAUGAGACACUGUG